AUGGCGGCGACGGCCCGCCGCGAGAUAGACACCGGCGAGGAGGACAUCGCCGCUAUCGCCAAACAGAUUUCGGACCAUGCCGAAGCCAUCUACCAGACUUGGAAAGCGCGCGGCCUCGCACCCACGGAGAUACUCUCGUGCAGGCCCACGCCCGGCCUCAAGCUGGGCGAUCUCCGAACCAAACCGAGGCCGGAGCCGAAGCCCGAAAUAAAGCAGAGGCCGGACAUAAGGCGCGAGCUGCGGCCCGAGAUAGUCCGGGAGCAGCGCCCCGACGCGCGGCGGGAGCAGCGCCCCGAGCCGCCGCGGGAGCAAUGGUCCGAGCCCGAGGAAGACACCAUAGAGGUGAUGCUGCCGCCUGACCUGGUCCCGGAGCGGAACGGGACCGCGAGCGCCGGCGCAGGUGCUAGGAGAUCAGACCCCGCAGCGAUGCGCCUCGAAGUUGCUAGAGAGGAGGAGAGAUUGCUCCGAGCGCUGCGAACCGGCGGCGUGGUCGCCGAAAGGUCUGGCGAGAGGCCUGAUGUGGUGCCACCCAUAUCACUAGUCGAUUAUGCUAAGAGCAGAUACCAGGACAGGUUGGAUUCUGGUGCUCGCAAGCCGUCAACAGGUGCGAGCGGGGAGAGACGAGCGUCGCUCGGCUCUCAUGUGACGGAAGCUCGUUCCAAGUUCGAGGCGCGGGCGCGGCGCGCGUCCAGCGCCGGCGCCGGCGAGCCCGCGUCGGCGGCGGGCGCGACGCCCGUGCGCCCCUUCCUCACGCGCGGCUCUGUGGCCGAGCGCGUGCUCAUGUUCGAACGCUGCCCCAGUGAAGCUACCCUCGAGCUAGCCAAAAGAAAAUCUCCAGCGGCCACCACAUGGCGAGGACCCCACGAUGUCAUCAACAGAGCACAGAGCUACGCAGCGUCAGCGCCGCCCAAGCCGUCGUCAGCGCCGCCCCACACGACCCUCCAACGCACAGUGCGCGGGGCGGCCAGCAGCGGGGCGCCGGCGCGCGUCAUCCCGCGCUUCCACUUCCCCAAGGGCCGGCCGCCGCCCGCGCAUCAACAGGACCACGCGCUGCACAAAGUGCAGUCCGCGUUCGCCACGUUCCCUAAUAGCCAGGUUCCCCGAGAGAGUUUCAAGCACAUCGUUAAGGCGUGCGAGUGUCCCCUGUACUGGAAGAUGCCCCUCUUCCUGGCCACCCAGCAGAGCCUGCACGCGUCAGUUGACGGACACAAGUUCAUUGACUUUUGGAGAGAGAUGACUGCCCAGUGCCACGACCAGGCCUCCCGCUUCGUAUACAUCCUUACCCGAGGGAAAAGCAACUCACUGGCCCCAGAAGACUUUGUCCCUCUGGUCCAGGACGUCGUGGACACCCACCCUGGGCUCUCCUUCCUCAAGGAAGCCACGGAGUUCCACUCCAGAUAUGUGCAUACUGUGAUCGCUAGGAUAUUUUACUGUGUAAACCGGUCUUGGUCGGGCAGGAUACUAAUCCCAGAACUGAGAAGAUCGAACCUCCUUCAAGUCAUACAAUUGCUAGAAGACGAAGAAGAUAUUAAUCAAGUUACACAAUACUUUAGUUAUGAGCAUUUCUACGUAAUCUACUGCAAGUUCUGGGAAUUGGACAGAGACCACGACUUGUUUAUAGAUAAACAUGACCUAGCCAGGCAUAAUGAUCAUGCGCUAUCCAGCCGCAUGAUCGAAAGGGUGCUGUCAGGCUGCGUCACCCGAGGCAACCAGAAUCGCCUCACACCAGACGGGGAGCCUCGGAUGUCCUACACAGAGUUCGUGUGGUUCCUGCUCGCUGAAGAAGACAAGACUCACCCCACAGCCAUCGAGUAUUGGUUCAGAUGUAUGGACGUGGAUGGAGAUGGAUUCAUCUCGAUGUACGAGCUGGAGUAUUUCUACGAGGAGCAGAUGCAGCGGAUGGAGGCUAUUGGCAUCGAGACCUUGCCCUUCAACGACUGUUUGUGCCAGAUGCUAGACAUGGUGCACCCAGCUAUUGACGGCAAGAUCACGCUGUCGGACCUGAAGCGCUGCAAGCUGACGCCGAUCUUCUUCGACACUUUCUUUAACUUAGAGAAGUACCUCGACCACGAGCAGCGAGACCCGUUCGCGACGCAACGCGACUCGGAUUGCGAGAUGUCAGAAUGGGAUAGAUUCGCAGCUGAAGAAUACGAGUUGCUAGUUGCGGAAGAAGGUGGCAGCGACGCACAGGACCAAAUCUCAUACGAUGAGACAGACGAGGACUGUCUAUCGCCGAACCUAGAUGAGAUAACCAACACUGAAGUGGUCGAGGACUCGAGCGUGGAAGAGUCGACACUUAGCGAGGGGCUGCCGGGGCCCGCGGGGCGCCUGCGGGAGCCCCCGGGGCCCAACAACGCUGCCAACAACGCAGCCGGCUACGUCAACCUCAGCUCCAUAUACUCCAUCGGCAGCAACGACAGAUGGAACCAAAAUCAACCAGCUCCCAAAAACGGCCUCCCCGAUAAGAAGCUACCGGAAAAGCCAGUGCCGCCAGAAAAACCAGUCAGCCUCAUGAUGGUCAACGGCAAAAUGGAUAACAGGUACUCCGGUUUCGGGAACAACAGUUUCUUAUACUCCCAUCUUCUAGCGGGCGGGGCUCGAGCGAAGGACCCGCCUUCGUAUACAGCAGCCACGAGCGGGGCUUUGUUCGACAAGGACAAGAAGGCGACGUCGCCCGUGAAGACCAAAUCCCCGGUCACGAGUCCUGUGAAUGGGGUCAAUAAGAUAUCUGAUAACUACGAGAAGGCGGUGGCUGAGCGGCUGUCUCCUCAGAGGGAGGUGGCCAGGCUGAACCGGAGCAGUGUCUUCAGCAAAGUUAAUACGGGCGUGGUCGCCAACAAGGUGAAGAAGACCAAACCUCGCGACGAUGAGUACGACGACUACGCAAGAGACAGUGACGAGUGCUCCAUAUAGGGACGUGCCAGACCCUAGUUCAGUGUACACCAAAGAUCGGAAACGUGCAAUUCGUUGUGCCGGCAGGCGAAUCUACCCUUAGACUAGAAUUUUGAACGUUACCGUUGUGUUUGACAGAGGAAUAUUUUUUCAGCGUAUCCUAGUGGUUGAUACGUGCCUUGUGACAGUGUAGACGCGAAUAGUGAUGGUAGGACAGUGCGAACCGAACUUCUCAUAGAAUAGUAACAGCAUUUCGUUAGUGUAUAAUUUAAACGUAUAAUCCAGAGGUUUGUGUUUGUUUUGAUUGUUUACGUCUCAAAGUAUCUAAGCAUAUCAAAUGUUUAAUUUUGUUUGCGUGAAUUGUAUCUGUAUACACUGAUUAGUUUUCUCCUUCACUUAAGUAGUUGUUAAGUCGUUUUAACCGUCGUUAGGUACUCCGUCAUUAAAACAAAAGAUCACUCAUAUCAUGUCGCUCCAUCCAAGUCAAAUUGUUUAAAACUAUAUUUAGGUAUGCUUGGUACUGGAUCUUAUAAAGUUUAUGCAAUCAAAAAUCUUCAACUUUCAAUUAAAAAUAAAAUAAGAAAACUUUAAUUCAAUACUUCUUACUUAGAACUUUAACAUCGUACUAAUUUCUACCUAUUUGUCUAUGCUACACAUGAACCCGGUUUUUUCUCUAAUCAUCAAAACUUAUCGAGCUUCGGACGAAUAUCACUUUUGUAUCAUCUUGCAUCGACAAUAUUAAGUUGAACAUUCUCGAGACUUUGAAUGUGGUUCUAUUCUGGAACUCCCUGUAAAAGUCUCUCAUUCAACCAGUUGCCUGUUGACUCCUAUCAGUAAGUAAAUUUCAUCUAUCACUCAAUUGCAGCUCAUCACAGAACUAUUCAGUAUUAUCUCAGAGUCAAAAUAAUAAAAAAAUCGUCCAUAACGCUUUAUUAAACUUUAUUUAAGAAAAGAAAUCAGUAUGAUAAACACGCACAGACUAAUAAAUUAGCAUAGUGACUAGACAUGUAAUAAAUAUUUUUGAUAAGGUACAGUUGACGUCGUAUUUCGUCUAUGUACGUUGUAUCUUACUGGUAACGAGAAAAGGAGAAAGAGCGGUGUCAAAUUAAAGAUUUAAAACAAUUACUAGUGGCCGUGAUUGUCGACCUAAUACUUAUGACGAGACUAUUUUGUAGUCUCUAUAAUUUUACCUUUUCUGAAAGCAUAUCGAAUAGCACCUCCAAAGAGUCUGGGUUAUUUGAUGGUAUGGCGUCAUUAUUAAAGUAGUUAGAAGAUAAGGGUUCCUUGUCAGGACUACGGAACCAUAAAAAGGUCAUAGUGUCUGCCUAUGUAUUUUUACUAUGCAGCAAAACGCCAAAUUGGUCGGUGUUAUUACAAUUAAAUAAGUAUCUAGAUCACAGGAUUUAUCUUUUCGAUGAGUAAUUUUACACUCGCAAGUCUGACGGAUCAUAAAAAAAAGUCCGUUUCUAAAAGUUUCCAUUCUUACGAAGUUUAGAAAUUUUCUAAGUUUCUUCCAUUCUAGUUUCUUUAGACUACUGUAUAGGUACCUGUUGGGUAAAAAAUACAGUAUAGGGACCAAAGGUCAACUUUUUCGCAACAAAAAACCUCAAAAUUGUGCCCUUGUGAAAAACGAAACUUGAGUAAGGACUCUUUGGAGUGUUAUGUGGUAUUGUGCCCAAGUGGCAGUUAGCACCUAAUAGCUGUUAAAAUAAUGGCAAUUUAGCGAAGGCAGCUGUAUCAUAAUGCUUCUUAGGUAAUGCUAGGUAGAUCUUAGAUUAACUCUAGUCUGCGGGUGCUGGCGUCGAACUAAGACGGUCUACUACAUCGGCGUGGUAACAUACAAAAUAUAGCAAUGUCCUUCAUAAAACAUUACCUACCACAACCAAAGAGAGGGUGGUUCAAACGUCGUCUUAUUAUAAUUUACAAAAGUUCUCCAUUGUUUCAAAAUUGUUAAGGUAAUUUAGAGUUACCUAAGAACAUUGUCGGUUAUAGUUUUAAAAACUCAAAAUGUAUGAUUUUACCCAUACAUUUAAAACUAACAACCCCGUGCCUAAUUUACUUAAGCCUAAUUUCACCCCACUUCUAAUAAGUAAUUAUUAUAAUAUUUAUCCAUUAUUUCAAAUGUAUUUCUAUACCUUCUUACUUACUAAUAUUACGACUAGUCAUUUCAAAAUUCUUUAUUUACAAUCCUCAACUGAACUAACUUUACCAAUUUAUUAACCAAAUCAAUUGUUCACAUUUUAAUAAAUUUUAUUAAUACGUUGUGUACUGUUAAUUAGUAUAAUUUUUAUUAAAAUUUAUGGUAUGUUUUAAAUACCUACCAGUUUGAGCUUAGCUGUUUAUGUAGGUAAGGGUAAUGUAAUUUAGUUAAUUAAUUGAGCAAUUAGGUCUGUUUAUAAUUAAGUUACCGUAUAAUUAUUGCGAUAGAAUUUCAAUAUGUUGUUUGGGCUGAGUGUAUAUUUUGCGUAGUAUUGAAACAAGUCUCAUAAAAAAUAAACUCGGCGGUCUAAAAUGGUGGAAAGGUAAAAAUGCCUAUAGCAUUAAGUAAAGGUAAAAAAUUAAUAUAUUUUAUUUGCAUUUAUACAGCUUUUUAGCGAAAAGUCAAUACCAAUUGAAUAAAAAUGCUAUACCUAUUUCCAAAGGCACUGUGUCAAUAAGUACCCAUGUAUUGUUAAAUAUUGUCCGUUAGUGCUGCUUAUUUAUGACAUUGUGACUUGUUUUAAUACAUACACAACAUUUUCUAUGUAAUUUUAUUAAUACGUUGGCUAUUUGAAAAUACUGCUUCCAUUCUGAAACCCCAAGCCAUUUUUUUAAAAUAGUGCCAUUAUUGUUAUACUUACUGAAACUUUCAUGAACAUUUUGUAAGUAGUUAGUGCAGUCAGAUUAUUACAGAUUAAUUAAUACAAUCACCGUAAAUGCAUAGAUAUGUUAAGGGUUUAUAUACACUAUAUGUUUAUAUGCAUAUAGUGGCUUGCGACAUUUUCUUUCAUGAAAUAACGCUGAAAAGUCGGGCAUCAUGCACUACAAUCCGCAAACAAAACCAUCGCAUUUCCUUGACAAUAUCUUAUAACAAUAAACUUUUCCCCAGUGUAGGCGUUUAUUUAUUGAAUUUUAUUGUGUACGCCAGAAACUAAAGAAAAAGAACUUCGUAAUGAACUAAGUAGUUAUGUUACUUAGAUAUGUUAUUACUACGGAUUUCGUAGCGCGUGGUGCUAGAAGAAGUUUUCCGCGCGUUGUAAGUAUAGGUAUUUUCACGGAUUACAGCAAUUUGAAAUGUUAUUUUCAUGAAAGUUUUGAUCUGAUUGUGCCUAGCUAUAAAAUUAAAUACUCGUACUGUCUUUUUAUGUUUGUUAAUGAAAUUCUAAGGGAGACGACGUUUUUCUAAUUAUGUAUGAAUUUAAUCUUUUCCAGCUUAUUUAAUUAGAUAACACAUUAGUCGAAUAUAUUAUCUAAUUAUUAGUUAUACUACUUAUACAUAUAUUUUAGAAAAAUGCGAUUAUUAAUUAUAUUUUAAUAACGCGAAACAUAAUAUUACGAUGUAAAAGAAAUUUUUAACAUUUAAAUGUUUUGAUUUUCCCUAAAUUCAUAAAAUAUAUUUAUUUUAAAAUAAGACUUAUUAUUUACGUAUUUAUGUAUAAUAACACGAAGUAGACGACCAGUUGUAGACUGUCAUUACUAGAAAAUACAUAAUUUUGAAUAAUAAGAACACGAGAUUACUUACCAAUCAUUGUUAAUGUAAGGAUUUUUUUACAAAAUAGUGGUGACAUAGUGAUGGUGUGUUAACAUGGUGACAGACCUAUUGUUAAGUAUCCUAAUAAAGUACAUCAUUGUAUUUAAA